AUGCCACAGCUAAGCUCUACUAAAAAAACAUGGAUGCUAUUAAACAUGCUGUUUGGAGCAAAUUACACACUAUAUAUCACGCUUCAUCUGAUCCGAAUUCCGAUAUACCCACUGCCAAACUUUGUCAACAUUCUGUGCUUGAUAUCAUCAUAUUCAAUCUCCCUACUUCCACAUUUCUCGUCCAUAGGAGAGAUCUUGUCGCAACCGAACAUCUACUGCAUUAUGGUGUUCCUCACAUUCCCUCACGAGAUUCUUCUCCUUCCAUUUUAUCUUUUGUCGAUAUACCAUCUCAGCUCUUUUGUACUGUCCAACAAGAAGAUUUUCGAAAGAACGGUCAUAUACCCAGCAUGUGUUUCUCUGUCUGCAUAUCAUGUUUCCCUCGGGAGGCUAGCCUUGUUCACAGAGGCUCUUACUGUCCCUCUUUCCUUUUUAAUGAUAUUCCUUAGAAAGUCAAGUCUUGUCACUUUCACGGCGUUUAUUGCUAUGGUGAGGCAACAAUACUUCAACAAUCCAUCAAUGAGAAGUGUUUUUGGUGAGAUACGUGUGUCCUUGGAUAGAUGGAUUCUCAGUUGCCCACGUGAUGUACAAGAGUAUUAUCGAAGGGGAAGGGACUUUCUGGUUUCAACCCAUUCAACUAAGAAGUUAAAUUAA